AUGGAGAACAAUGAGAAAGUGGUGGAAGAAGGAAUCAAAAUGUUUGAUAAGAAGCCAAUAGUUGUCAAACCAUGGAGACCAGAUAUUGAACUUGACAAGCAAGUGGUUGACAAAAUUCAUGUGUGGAUUAGGCUAAUAAACCUAGAUAUCAAAUACUGGGGUCAAAAUGCUUUAACAAAAAUAGAAGGAAUAAUUGGAAAUCCAUUGAAAGCGGAUAGAGCAACAAUUCAAAAGGAGAGACUGCAAUUUGCAAGAAUACUCGUAGAAGUAACACCAAACCAAAUCUACCCGGAUAAGGUAAUGUUUGAGAAUGAAUGUGGAGUGAUUAUAGAACACGAGGUCAAAUAUGAAUGGAAGUUAGUCUAUUGUAAAUCGUGUGACAACUUUGGACAUGGCAUCAAAGAUUGCAGGAUGAAAUUAAGGCAAAGACAUGAGAAUACGACCUCAGAUGCUAGCAGGGAACCAGAUAACAGGAUGAAUAAAAUGAACACCAAUGUGGUGGAGGGAUCAGGAGAGAAGCAACAAAGUAAUGAGGUAGAAAUUACUAAUGCAACAAAAAUGGGAGCAAUAAGGAAAAUCAGCCGGGGAUACAAAAUAAGCAGCGUGAGGAAGUUAAUAACAUAA